GAGAGAGAACAUAAGACGGGCUGGUGUCUUGAGAGAGCCCUUUGCCUGCAACUUGCCCUUCCACAACUAUCCAUGUUUUGAUAUCGAAAACUUCACUCUCUCUCCCCUAUCCCCUGGGUUUCUGUCAAAAUAACUCAGGAUGUGAGAUCUAGAACAAUCCCUCUUGGAAAUAACAAAACAGGGCUUACUUUUGACAGAAAGUGCUGGGACAGUUUCCUUUUAUGCAAGUCCUGCCUAGUUCAGCAGAAUAUAGACUGGGCAGGUUACAACUACACAGCGUGUUCUCCAGCUCAGAGAAGCCAGGUCCAGCCAAACGAACCAGAAGCUAAGCUUUGCUACUUGCACCUGAAGAUCACAAGAUUGAUGCUGGCCUCUCAGGUGAUAAAAUCCACACAACAAAACCAAAGAUGACACUCUCCAGAGGGAAGACAGCUCUGGUAUCGAUUUCCUUCUUGGCAAUCUUAUCACUGGCAAUUUUUGCUUACCAGGACAGCGACGGAACAUUAAUGUGGAUGUACAAGAACAGGAGCCUAAAGAUUGCCCAGUUGAAAAACCAGACAGAGCAGUGGCUGGACAUAGGCAACUGGUUUAACUCAAGAUAUGAAUAUGCAAAUAAAGAACCAAAGGGGUUGUCAUUGAACAGCUGGUUUGAUUCACGCGCACGGACAGAUAUACCCACCCUGACCCCUUGGUCGGCGCCCAUCAUCUGGGAAGGAACAGUCGGGAAACCCGUCUUGGACAACUACUAUAAGCAACAGAAAGUCACCAUUGGUUUGACGGUUUUCGCUAUUGGGAAGUACCUAGACAAAUACUUGAAGACCUUCUUGACUUCAGCAAACACUUUCUUCAUGACUGGGUUUAACGUGAUCUUCUACAUCAUGGUGGACGACCUCACCAAAGUGCCUCUUAUUGAGCUGGGCCCCCUGCGGGUGCUGAAAGUCUUCCAGGUGAAAAAGGAGAGCCGGUGGCAAGACGUCAGCAUGAUGCGGAUGAAGGUGAUUGGGGACCUCAUCGAGAGCCACAUCCGCCACGAGGUGGACUUCCUCUUCUGCAUGGAUGUUGACCAGGUCUUCCAGAGUGACUAUGGGGUGGAGACCCUUGAUGAGUCGGUGGCCCAGCUCCAUGCUUGGUUUUACAAUACAGACAAGACUGCGUUCACUUAUGAGAGGCGCCCUGAGUCGGCUGCAUACAUCCCCUAUGGGGAGGGGGACUACUAUUACCAUGGGGCCAUAUUUGGGGGGACCCCACUGCGUGUUCUGAACCUCACCCGCCAAUGCUAUAAAGGCAUCCAGGAGGACAAGGAGCACAACUUUGAGGCACUGUGGCAUGACGAGAGCCACCUGAACAAGUAUUACCUCCUCAACAAACCAACCAAGGUGUUAUCCCCUGAGUACUGCUGGGAUUAUAAGAUUGGCAUCCCCAGCACCAUAAGAAAUGUCAAGUUAUCCUGGAUGCCCAAAGAAUAUGAAGAAGUUAGAAGUAACUUUUGACUCCGCGGCCCUCCUAAAAUCACACCGGCAGGGGUCAAUGAACUGUUUCGGUCGCAGAACCGUUUGAGCAUUUCAACUCUCGUCCUCUGCGGGAAGGAGAGCAAACUUUGCCAAAAUAUUUUAGUUCACUAAGCUGUGACACUCUCUCAGCUCUUCUCUAUAGUUUCCUUGGAAGGCUUGUAGGAACCAGAUCCUACUGGCUUGAUGUCAGGGGAGCCUUUUGUGAACAGGUUGUUUAUUUGCUUACUACUCUUUUGCUCUCAGGGAAUGCUGUUGAUGUUGAGGACAUUUGUGGAAGCAGCACCCAGUUAUGUGCCAAGCUAGGAUCCCUCCACGGUGGCACGGUGACAUCAGAGGUUGGCAAGAUGGUCGCUGUAUUCCUUGGAUGUGCAAAGGAGGGAGAGUUGGAACCGCCAAGGGGUCAG